AUGGACGCAGACACACGCGCGAAGACCCCGGUAGGACAGAUCGACGGAGGGCUGCGCAUCGUGGUACAGAUGCGCGCGCGCGCCGACGAGCAAGGCUGCCGUGGCUCCUGGGCGCAGUGUGGGUCGACGACUUGUAGAAGGCCCGCCAGGCCAGUGCCUGUCGUCCUCGGCGCCGGUCUUCUAUGUACCACAGGCCUUCUUCUCUUUGGCGAGUUGCAAAAGCUAGAGUGGAUGAAUGGCAGAGAACAAACCAGGAGCAGUAGCAUGGGGAAGAAGGUAGAUCACAAAAGUAAGCAGCCAUGCGAGUUUUCUCACAAACAGAUAAAACAGAUUACGAAUAAUUUCGACAAGGCACUACUACUUGGCUCUGGUGGAUUUGGAACAGUUUACAAGGGUAUUUUUGAAAACGGACGAGAGAUCGCUGUCAAGGUACUGAAGUUCACGUCAGAAACUGAUAUUAAGGACUUUCGAAAGGAGUUGGAGAAUCUUAGAAAUUUCAAGCAUCAAAAUCUUGUUGAUUUAGUGGGUUUCUGCAACGAAUCAGAACAAGAGGUUGUAGAAUAUGAUGGGAAACAAGUUAUUGCUGAAAAACUUCAUAUGGCGCUCUGCCUCGAGUUUGUACCCAAUGGUAGCCUUACCAAGCAUAUUUCUGCUGAAUGUGCGGGGCUUAAUUGGCCUACUAGGUACAAAAUAAUCAAAGGCAUCUGUGACGGUUUAAAACAUCUUCGACAGGGACCAGAGUUUUUAUUAUGGCAUUUGGACUUAAAACCUGACAAUAUAUUAUUAGAUAAUGAUAUGAUUCCCAAAAUAGCAGAUUUUGGCUUAUCAAGACUCUUACACGAUGAAAACACAAGAAAGACAAUCAACUUUCGUGGUUCAUGGUAA